AUGAGCAGUAGCAGCAGCAGCGCCAGCAGCAGCAGCAGCAGCGCCAGUAGCAUCAGCAGCGCCAGCACCAGCAGCAGCAGCGCCAGUAGCAGCAGCAGCGCCAGCACCAGCAGCAGCAGCAUCGCCAGCAGCAGCAUCAGCAGCAUCGCCAGCAGCAGCAGCACAAGCCCCAGCCGAAGUAGCAGCACCAGCAGCAGUUGCAGCAGCAGCAGCAGCAACGCCAGCAGCACCAGCAGCAGACAGCAGCAGCAGCGCCAGCAGCAGCACCAACAGCGGCAACAGCGCCAGCAGAGCAGCAGCAGCGGCAGCAGCAGCGGCGGCGGCAGCAGCAACUAUCGCAGCGAUAUCAGUAGCAGCAUUUAA